GUGCACUCUCUCUGUGUAGAAGUAUUCUUAAACGGCUCGAUCGAUGACAGAAAUGCAGAUGCUACUUUACGUUUUAAACUUCGACUAGUUAACCAGGAGGAAUGGAGCACUCCAGUCAGUUCAGACCAACACCUGGUAUUUAUGGAGAAUUCUUGAAUACCUCUACCAACGACAGUGAUGCGUUUGACUCUUCUAAAGCCGAGGGGAAAUCGACGAACCUUGUUUUCCAGACAAGCUUAGCCGUAAUACUCUCUAUCAUAACUCUCGCAACUACAUUGUCCAAUGCUUUUGUCAUAGCUACUAUUUCUCAGUCAAGGAAACUGCAUACUCCCGCGAACUUCUUAAUAGCUUCGUUAGCUGUAACAGAUCUUUUAGUGUCUAUUCUGGUUAUGCCAAUAUGCGUUUUGUACACAGUGAGUCACACCUGGUCUUUAGGUCAAAUUAUCUGCGACGUCUGGCUGUCUUCUGACAUAACGUGUUGCACAGCUUCGAUUCUGCAUUUGUGCGUUAUUGCUUUGGAUCGCUACUGGGCUAUAACAGAUCCGGUUGAGUAUUCCAAAAAGCGCACGCCGGCGCGCGCAGCUGGAAUGGUAGCUACAGCGUGGGUCAUCGCCAUAUGUAUAUCGCUGCCUCCGUUGUUCUGGCGGCAGGUGAAAGCGGAUGAGGUGACCAGCUGUAGUGUAAACACUGAUCACAUCUUCUACACGAUCUAUUCGACUUUCGGGGCAUUCUACAUCCCGACACUGCUUCUCAUCGCAUUAUACGGCAGGAUCUACGUUGAAGCGAGGAAAAGGAUUUUAAAACAGUCGCCGAAAAAAACUGGGAAAAGACUAACUUCGGCUCACCUGAUCACAGACUCGCCAGGAUCCACCACGCCUCUGAACUACAGAACACAAGAAACAUCCUACAGCGAAAUCAGCUCGCCGGUGAGCGCAAACCAGGUGAAAAUAACAGUAUCCGAUGCACUUUUGGAGAAAAAGAGAAUCUCGGCUGCAAGAGAGCGAAAAGCGACUAAAACUUUGGGGAUAAUACUGGGAGCUUAUAUCGUGUGCUGGCUGCCCUUCUUCAUUUACACCUUGUUGGUGCCUAUUUGUACAUCUUGUAUUUUCCACCCGGAAUUGUUUGACUUCUUCACUUGGCUUGGUUAUCUUAACUCUUUAAUCAAUCCGAUUAUUUAUACCAUGUCCAACGAGGAUUUUAAGAAGGCUUUUCACAAACUCUUGCGCUUUAAUUGCUGCAGGUCUUAACACUGUCGUGAACUAAACGCGUAAUCACCUCACUAAGAUACAUUUGCCGGUAUAUUUGUGUCACGCUAUGUAACUCAUGACUAUACACAUGAGUUCCCAGUUGUUCAGAUCAGAUCUCGCUAUAUCUUACCCUUCAAGCGUCAAAGGGAUUGUAAAUGCUGCAUCUUUUCUUCCAGUGUUAAAAGAUGGCUGUUUGAAAGAUGUGCGCCUUGGUUCAUGCAUACUUGUAGCUACUGUAUUAUAUACUGUUUUAUAUCCUGUGUUGCGACCAUAUGUCCAACUGAUUCCAUGUCUAAUCUCCUGGCAGACACGGGCAAAACAAGUUAGCUGAUCGAAGUAGAAAUCGGCCUAUUAGUAAAAUGCGUCCGGAAUUAAGUGGACUAAUUUUUAAGAAUGCUAUAGCUAAACAAAGUACAGUAGAAGUGUUGCGUUUAGACUUUUAAAAACUCUGGCGGCAGAUCUGGUAACCACGGGUGACUUUGGCAAAAGAACAUCUUUUUUUUUUUUUUUUUUCCAGAAGCUAAAUAAAUCUUUUAGAGGGAAAUAUUGGUUCGAUGUGCCUCGCCCGCACUAUCCACCGCACACAUUUCACUUCAAUCGUUGUGAUAAUUUGCUCGUCUCUUUAUGGCACAAAUUUAAGCACAGACGGGAUUUAAAAUAAGCAUAGGCUAUCAUUCGUUUGUAUUUAGCGCUUUUCACGAUUAAUGCUAUACAGGCCUACUUUCGAGACUAAAUGUGAAUAUAUGAAUAUAUUAAAUAAAAAAAUUGCUGAAUAAGGAAUGCUUCAAAUAAGGAAUCACUUCUGAAUCUACGGCGAAUCUAUUCCGCAAUCGUUCGGACGUUUAAGCAAUCGACUAUUACGUUAUAAUGGUAAUCCUGGGAGAUAUCCGAUUAUCACAUUUGACAAAGAUAAUGUCUUGUAUAUAACUGGACGCAGAGCACAUUCUGAAAUUAUUGGUAUUUCUGUUUUUGGUUAUGUCUUACCAAUGAGCAACCUCUGUGGAUUUUGAAAGCUAGGGGGUUUUGUUUAUCAUUUUGUUUAUAGUUUUCUUCUGUAAAGUUUACAACAAUAAAAAAGUGGGAAAAUAUAGGCUACCAUUGUCUGUCCCAUGUAAGCUAUGCUACGAAUGUAUGUUUGUGCAUAUACAUACAUAGGUUAUAGGCUAUGAGUUUUGUAUUCAUAUGGUGUUAUCUUAUUUAUUUAUUUACUAUUUAUUGUCAACGAAAAAAGACACACUGCAACAUAGUGUUGUACAACAUAUUGCUGUAGCUAUUGGGGCUAUUGUUUCUUGGGCGACGGGUGAUAAGUUAGAUAAGAAUAGGCUACGUUUAGAAAAGGUGGCAAAAUGCCGACCGCGGAAAAAAAUACUAACCUAAUUUAAAUGUACAUUUUGAUGUCGGCACUAAGAUGCCAUCGUUUUCCACGUUUGCACAGCUGAACUGGUGUAUGAACAUCUGCAUUUGAUAAAUGCAAUAUUGAUUUGACAAACUGUGUUUACAAGUCAAAGAGGGUUUUCAAAGGCUGUUUGAAAAAUACUUAUGUUUGCGACUUUUCAUUUGGGAUCACCUCUUCAAGCAAAAAAAAAAAAGUUUUAGGAAACGUAAAGUGCGAAUGUGACCGUUAAAACAGACCCAAAGUGUGCCUAAAUCUGUCGUAGCUAUUUAUCCAAUGUACAACCGAAUGGCUGAAUCUCAGAUGAUUAUGGUGUCAGAAUCGGUACAUUGAAAAUCGUGUGUAAUGCAAAGGCCAACUGUUCAAUAAAUGCUUUUCUGCAUAAA